AUGUCAACUAUACAAAGCCAGAGUUCACCGGCUACUUUGCUAUGGGAUCACCAAGACUUGAUUCCUCUCCAAAAGAACCUAGGUGAUGAGGAUUUGGUCUUGUUAUUAACACCUGCUGUCGUCCCUAUAGACCAGAGUCUUGCCAAUGCAAGUGACCCUUUCGAGCCUCUCGGUAAAGCACUUGCGCGCACACAUCCAUGGAUCCGGCAUGUUCCCUAUACAAAGGAGCGUGGCAUUACCGGCAUUCAUGUGGCAUUCAUCAAGAGAGCACGAGUCGUUAUCUUCGUGCUUACUGGCUUCUCGACAGAGGAGGGUUUAUUUCAGCUUGAACUCGCCGAGGUUGCUCGUGAGGUGUGUGAAGAACGCCCCUUAGUGCUUGUAGCCUGUUGUGAAGUUUCGGAAAAGGGGGCCUGCGAGUAUGGUUUCCCAACCAUCAUUCAGUGUCCGGGGUACUUUGCGGCAGACUUACAAGCCGUCGCCGUUCUUUUGACAAGUGAACGACCGACAACAGAGGCCACGCCAACGGCCGGGAACUCUCCUCCUCCUCCCACUUGGUCGCUCCUGAAAUGGGACUACGACAGAGAUCUCCCAGAAACUCACGCUUUAUGGGAAGCAUGUUUACCUUCCAAAUUCCAUCUAGAUCGCUCAACUCUUGGUUCUCUCUUGAAACGCGAUGGAUAUGCCAUGCAUUACAUGGUCAGAGAACCCAAUCAAGGGCAGGCCAUUGGAUUUUGUGCAACAUUCACAACGUUUACGGAUAGCAGUGGCGACCGACUGAUUGGAUCAGUAGCUGCUAUCAUCGUUCACAAAGACUUUCGGGGUCAAGGUGUUGGGCGCUUCCUCCACGACGAAGUUGUGAGCAAACUUAACAAGAUUCGAGGUGUCGGAAUCAUUCAACUUGGAAGCACAUUUCCAAGAUUGCUUUACGGUCUUCCCGCACCAGAAACCGAUACGGAGUGGUUCGAAAAACGAGGGUGGAACAUGAAGGAGUCCACACCUGGAAACGGGCGGCGUGUGCUCGACUGGCUCUUGAGAUUUGCCGACCAUCCAGUUCCUGAUCUGGCCUCCGCUGGCUUGACGUUCAGGCCAUGCCAGCUAACAGAUUACCAGAAGGUUGUCGAGAUGGCAAAUAAGGAGUCACAGAAGAGAUACGGGUUUGGGUGUCGGGCUUGA